CCUGCGUGAAGCCUAGAGCCCCCUCGGCCGGUCCUGCGGACCCUCCCCUGGGUCCUCGGGCAGCGCCCGCCGCCGUCAAUGUGAAGCCCCCACUGCAAGCCGCUGGCGAGGGACACCGGGAGCAAGAGGGGGUCUCCGCAGCAGGGAGGAGGGCCGCGAUCGCGAAGCCGCCCCGCCGCGGGCGCUCCCGGCCCCUCUCCGGGGAGCGGGCCCCCCGGGCCUCCCUCGGACGGCCCUCUGCCCCCGCGGCGCCGCCACCGCUCUCCACCCGCACGCGCCUCGUCGGCUCGUUCGUUCGCCCCGCGGCCGCCUCGGCCACCGUCUGGCCUCACCCGGGCCCGGCUGCAGGCGAGGGAGGCAGGGCUCGCAGGGGGUCGCGGCUCCGGGGGGCGGGCGAGGUCCCCCGGACACCGCCGCGAGCGGAGCCCACGCGGGGAGCAGCCGGGGCGCGCCGUCCCCUCCGCGGCCUAGAGCGUCACCGAGAGCCGCCCGCGCCGCGGCCUCCCGGGCGGCCCAGCGCACAGUCCUCCCGCGGCCUAGAGCGUCACCGGAAGUGCCCGCGCCGCGGCGCUGGGGACGGCGGCGCUUCCGGCGGGCGGCGGGGCUGCAGGCAGGUGUACCCACUGCUGGCGUUCCCACAAGGCACAGCGAGGCGCGCCCCCAGGUCUGGUCUCCAGCACACCAAUGAGACGGCCACCCUGAUGGACACACACACAGCGUCCCUGGCGCCGGCGGCCGGCGGCCGUGCCGCUUCAGUGGCGGAGCGGGGGGCUCCGAGCACAGUGCCAGCGCCGAAGCAGGAGGCUUCCGAAGAAGGGGGGUGCCGCGGGGAGAGCGGUCCGGGGCCGGCCCGGGGGCCUGCCCGGGCGCCGCGGCUUCCGGACGGUCGUGGGGACGAGGAGGCCGGAGGCUCCCCCGGGCCACCAGCCGUCUCCGAGAAACCCAGAGGGGGGGCCGGCCGGGACAGCAGCGGGGUCGCCGCCCCCGACGCAGGCUCCGCGGCGGGGGGGAGAGGCCCCCGGAAAGGGCGGCCUUACCAGUGCGGCGCGUGCGACCGCAGCUUCCAGUGCCACUCGGACGCGGCGAAGCACCGGAGCAUUCACUCCGGGGCGAAGCCGUUCGCCUGCAGCGACUGCGGGAAGGCCUUCAUCCACAGCUCGCACGUGGUCCGCCACCAGCGCACGCACCACGGCGAGCGGCCCUACGUGUGCGAGGAGUGCGGCCGCGCCUUCGGCCAGAGCUUCAACCUGGUGCGCCACCGGCGCACGCACACGGGGGAGAAGCCGUUCGGCUGCGCCGAGUGCGGCAAGGCCUUCGGCCAGAGGUCGGACGCCGCCAAGCACCGGAGGACGCACACGGGCGAGCGGCCGUACGCCUGCGGCGAGUGCGGGAAGGCCUUCGUCCACAGCUCCAACGUGGCCCGCCACCGGCGCACGCACCGCGGGGACAGCCCCUACGUGUGCAGGGAGUGCGGCCAGGCCUUCGGCCAGAGCUCCAACCUGCUGCAGCACCGGCGCGUGCACACGGGCGAGAGGCCCUUCCGCUGCCCCGAGUGCGGCCGCGCCUUCAGCCGCAGCUCCUUCCUCAGCGAGCACCGGCGCAUCCACACCGGCGAGAAGCCGUACGCCUGCGGCGAGUGCGGCCGCGCCUUCAGGGCCCUGUCCGGCUUCUUCCGGCACCGGCGGGUGCACAGCGGCGAGAAGCCCUUCCGCUGCGGCGAGUGCGGCCGCGCCUUCCGCCUGAGCUCGCACCUGAUCCAGCACCGGCGCGUGCACGGCGCCGAGUGAGCGCCGCGCCGGGAGACCGCGGGCCGGGGGAGGCGGGGGCGACCUCCGGGCUUUCCGUGCUGGGCCCGCCGCCACCCUGGCCCGCGCUCGGGAGAGGAAGGGAGCCUUAGGGGAGGCUGGUCUUCCCGGAGGGGACGCAGGCCUCCCCGAAGACGGGGCUCUGAUGGGGACGGGGC